CUCCCGGUGCUCCAGAGAGGUGCUUCAUGUGGAAGUCAGCCCUAGGAUGCACACAGUUGGGGGGCUCAGGGUCCUGGGAUGGUCCCGAAAACACUCUUGGGUCUUCGCCGGCUCCUCCUUCUCAUCUCUUUCUGUGGGGGCGAGGAGGGCAGGCAGGCCAGGGCUACCCUUGAAGCAGGUUGAGGGAAGGGGAUCCUAAAGGACCCUGGGGCCUGUGUGGAGUGACAGGGUCGACAGCUCUGGGGCUCCACUCCUAUUCCCCUGAAGACCCCGACCGCCUCAGUGGCUUCUGGCUUGCACCCAGCGCAGGUGCCCGGAGUGCCGGCGGCUCCAGGUCCGCCCGCCCGUCCCGAUCUGUUUCCUCCUCUGCUCUCCUGCCAACGCCUGCCCACCCGUUUCCCUCACGGCCAGCACGCGCCUCGGGGACGGCCAGAGCCACCACGCCGACCUGACAGACUCCCCUGACUCGGGUCCUCGUGUCCAGGGGCCCGGGAGGCUACGCGCAGCAACACCCGGCACGGUAGGACCACCGAGACGCCGAGACCUCCGCGCGGCCUAGAGUGGUCCCGGAAGUGCCCGAGGGCCGGGGGCGGGGCUCUGGGCGCUCGGGCGGCCGCGGGCUCCGCGUCAGCAGCUGCAGCGGAGCGAGGCCGCGUCGGCCGCGUCGGCCGCGGGUUGGAGCAGCUCAGGUGCGGCCCCGCCCCGCCCGCCUGCGGCCCCGCCCCGGCCAGGUGAACUGCCCCGCCCUGGCCCAGAUUGUGAAAACAGUGAGUGUGGCCCAAAGAAGAACAUUUUUAAAGAGAUACAACCAUUGGGGGUGAUAGCAGACUCACAAUGGAGGUUCCCCCAGUAACCAAGUUUGGCCAGACCUUUGCAUUUGAGAACAGGUUAGAGUCUCAACAAGGACUUUUCCCAGGGGAGGACCUGGGGGACCCUUUUCUUCAGGAAAGAGGUUUGGAGCAAAUGGCCGUGAUCUACAAGGAGAUCCCUCUUGGUGAGCAAGGCGAGGAACAUGGUGAUUACGAGGGCAAUUUCAGUCUGUGCUCAAGCCCUGUUCAGCAUCAAAGUCUCCCCCCAGGAACCAGAGCCCAGGAUGAUGAGCUGUUCGGCCAAACCUUCCUCCAGAAAUCCGACCUCAGCGUGUGUCAGAUAAUCCACGGUGAGGAACCCAGCCCACCCGAUUAUGCAGACACAGACAGGGGGGACUCAGGACCUAAUGCACCUCACAGAACCCCACAACCAGCCAAGCCGUACGCGUGUCGAGAGUGCGGGAAGGCCUUCAGCCAGAGCUCCCACCUGCUCCGACACCUGGUGAUCCACACCGGGGAGAAGCCCUACGAGUGCUGUCAGUGCGGGAAGGCCUUCAGCCAGAGCUCCCACCUGCUCCGGCACCAGGUCAUCCACACCGGGGAGAAGCCCUACGAGUGCUGUCAGUGCGGGAAGGCCUUCCGCCAGAGCUCCGCCCUCACGCAGCACCAAAAGAUCCACACCGGAAAGAGGCCCUACGAGUGCAGGGAAUGCGGGAAGGAUUUCAGCCGGAGCUCCAGCCUCAGAAAACACGAGAGGAUUCAUACGGGAGAGAGACCUUAUCAGUGCAAGGAAUGUGGGAAGUCCUUCAACCAGAGCUCGGGCCUGAGUCAGCACCGCAAGAUCCACACCCUAAAGAAGCCUCACAAGUGCGAUCUCUGUGGGAAGGCCUUUUGCCACAGGUCACACCUCAUCCGACACCAGCGCAUCCACACCGGGAAGAAACCGUACAAGUGCGAUGAGUGCGGGAAGGCCUUCAGCCAGAGCUCCAACCUCAUCGAGCAUCGCAAGACCCACACCGGCGAGAAGCCCUACAAAUGCCAGAAGUGCGGGAAGGCCUUCAGCCAGAGCUCCUCCCUCAUCGAGCACCAGCGCAUCCACACCGGCGAGAAGCCGUACGAGUGCUGUCAGUGCGGCAAGGCCUUCUGCCACAGCUCCGCGCUCAUCCAGCACCAGAGAAUCCACACCGGCAGGAAGCCCUACACCUGCGAGUGCGGCAAGGCCUUCCGGCACAGGUCAGCCCUCAUCGAACACUACAAAACCCACACCCGGGAGAAGCCCUACGUGUGCAAUCUGUGCGGCAAGUCCUUCCGGGGCAGCUCGCACCUGAUUCGGCAUCAGAAGAUCCAUUCUGGGGAGAAGCUGUAGAAAGAGGAGCCCACGCAAAGCCUGUGCCAGAUGGAGCCCUUAUCCACGUCGCAUGGUCUCCAGACCCCGCCUACCCCCCUGAUGCUGAUUGGAAACCCUCCGACCUAAGCGCUCCUGAACCUCCCGCUAGCAGGAAGGCCACGCGUGUCCCCUGCCAAGACCGCCAGCUCUCUGCAGGUUUCCUGCGUGGAAGGGAAGGCAGGGCAAUAGGGAGGGCAGCUGGAAAAGAGAGCUGGCCUUCAGUUUCUCCUUCGUGCAUUGGACUCCCAAGCCUACAGGAUUCCAUUUUGUCCUGGCUUCACUUUUGCCGGAUUCCGGAAGAAUAAAUGCCAAGAGGGAGAAAGUCGAGUUAAACCCAGGAAAAUAUCAGAUGAACUCUUUAAAUCAGGCUGCAGCCUGGCACUUUUAGAAGACAGAAACCACACUCACAGUCCAAAUCAGUGGAAGAAAGAUGGAUUCAAAAGUAGAUAUGUCAGCAGCAAAGUGGAAUUUUCCGACUGGGUUGGGCAUUGGUAGGAACAACAGAAACAGGUCAACAGAGCAAAGGCAGGUCUAGAGGGUGGAUCUUGGGAGUGGGGGUGAGGGUGGGGAGCCCCUGGGCAUGGUCUUUUAACCCUCUCCUUAGCCCGAGGUCAGUUUCCCUCAGACAGCUCUGUUGCAGGAGGGUACAGGUUUGGUCCUGUUGGCCAGAGGAUGUUUGACACCUGGCUGUGACUCAGCCUGGGCACCGGACAUGUUUGCCCUUCAGGAGUAAUCUCUCUGACAUGCAGUGUCCCCAAGACCACAGUGUGCCUUGGACAUCAGCAGGGCUGGGUCUGGUCUGGUCUGGCAAUGAUGCAGCCCUUCUGUCCCAGUGUCAGGGGACCUGGGAAGCUGGGUGGCUUGUUGGAGGAGGCUGUGGUCCAAUCAGAAGCUCUGGGUUCAAGUCCCAGUUCCACCCCCUCCUACCUGUGUGAAAUUGAACAAGUCCUGUAACCUCCCCAGGCUCCAUUUCCCCAUCCAAGAGUUGGGUAAUGGGACCCAGCCAUGUGCCUCUAAGGGUUGGUGCCAGGCUGUCAUUUAGAACUCGGCCACAAGUGAAAGUGGUUUGGCAACUAUGAGCAGUCAUGGUGACUGAGGACAGAGACCCAGAGUGACCCCUGCCCCACCCCUGUGCAUUUGCGCAGACUGGAGAGAUGUUCCCAUUUGGUGUCUGAGCAGUGGGACCUCUCAUUGAACAGGGCUUUCCCUCCCUC